CUUUUUUUUUUGUUUGUUUUGCCAGCAAAGACCAUGAGGGAAUAUAAAGUGGUCGUUUUGGGGAGCGGCGGAGUCGGCAAAUCCGCCCUGACCGUGCAGUUCGUAACCGGGUCCUUCAUCGAGAAGUACGACCCCACGAUCGAGGACUUCUACCGCAAGGAGAUCGAGGUGGACUCUUCGCCCUCGGUGCUGGAGAUUUUGGACACGGCCGGCACGGAGCAGUUCGCCUCCAUGCGAGACCUGUACAUCAAGAACGGCCAGGGCUUCAUCCUGGUCUACAGCCUGGUCAACCAGCAAUCCUUCCAGGACAUCCGGCCCAUGCGGGACCAGAUCAUUCGGGUGAAGAGGUACGAGAGGGUCCCGAUGCUGCUGGUGGGCAACAAGGUGGACCUGGAGGGAGAGCGGGAGGUGACUUACGGCGAGGGGAAAGCCCUGGCCGACGAGUGGAACUGCCCCUUCAUGGAGACCUCGGCCAAAAAUAAAACCUCGGUGGACGAACUGUUCGCAGAGAUCGUCAGGCAAAUGAACUAUGUGGCCCAGCCCAGUGGGGACGAUCAGUGUUGUGCCUCCUGUGUGCUGCUGUGAUAAAUGUCUAUAUAAAUAUAUAUUACACAUCA